ACUGCACACUUAGCUUGUGGUUUGGGCAUCAUUGCAUGCUGACAGCUGAGAGAGACAGACUUGCUUUCAGCUCACUAUAUGGCUGUAACUGGAGAUGAGACAGAAUCAGCCACUCCUGGAGGUAUGUCUGCAUAUCAGGUUUCCUCUCCGGUGUCUGGUCUUUCCCAGGUGAAUGACAGCUCAUCCGGGUCUCUUCCCAGCCCUCAGCAGCUGGCUGAGGACGUGUCACGCAAGAGGGAACACCGGCUGAUGAAAAACAGGGAAGCUGCCCGGGAAUGCCGGCGGAAGAAGAAAGAAUAUGUCAAAUGUCUCGAGAACCGAGUUGCCGUGCUUGAAAAACAAAACAAGAUGCUCAUUGAAGAACUCAAGGCUCUUAAAGACCUAUACUGUCACAAAACCGAAUAACAGUCCAUUGCAAGCCGAACACUAAAGACUAUGUCGUUUACAGAGCUGCAACAAAUUGGCAAACGUGCUUUUCACACAGUGUCUAGACAGACACCGCUCGUAAUAUUCGAUAAGAUGACAGCUGCAUGGUUGUGUUGUCCCGCGUGCGAAAGAUGGUGACGUGUGCAUGUGUUUGCUGGAGGCCCGAGGCGGCUCCAGAGACAGUCAAUGUGGUGUGUUGCCCGUGUUGCUUGUGCUUUUUGCAGGAGGGCGGCCAAAGAGUACAGGCGCAGGCAGAAGGAAUAUGUGCGGAGCUUAGAGUCACGCAUCGCCAUGAUGGAGAACCAGAAUCAGAAAAUGACGGAAGAGCUGGACAGUCUAAAGGAAUUAUACUCUGGGAAGUCUCAUUCAUCUUAGUGGCAUACUACUGCUGCUAUCUGUUUGUUUUCGGUUCCUGUUUUACUGUAUAAUAUUGUUGUCAUAUGUGUGUUUUCUAUCUUUUGUGAAAAUUGAACAGCAGACCAGCACUGCCUAUGCUCAUUAGGCUUUUUAAAAAAAAAUUAUAUUGAUAUUGUAAAUUAUAUAUUUCAAAUGUUUCAAAUCUACUUUAAGAUACUUUUUUUUUCAUUCACAAAUACUCCAGUUCCAAAAUGAUUAUAGCUAGUGUAUACUUGCUGUAAUAAAUGUAAUAAAAAUAGAUAUGUUGCUUAGAUAAACUGA